AUGGGGAGGCCUAUCUAUACUAAGCCCCACUCAGACGAGGUUGAUCAACUACUAUUCCCAAAAGGUUUUCGAGUACCGGAGUUCCUUACUUUUUCUGGGGAAGACGCAAAGGAAUCGACGGUGGAACACGUGGCUCGAUUCCAAGUUCAAUGUGGGGAGGCGGGGACUAAGAACAAGUGGAAGUUGAGGUUGUUUCCCAACUCCUUGACUGCCACUGCCUUUACUCGGUACAUAAAUUUGUCUCCCAACUCCAUUCAGACCUGGCGACAAAUGGAGGAUGCAUUCCACCAACAAUUUUAUAGGGUGGAGCCAGAGGUCACAAUGGCAGACCUUUCAAGCUUGUGCCAGCUACCAGACGAAGGAGUGGAGACUUAUUUGGCCAGAUUCAAGAAGAAGAAGUUCUACGAGGCGGAGUUCACGGAUCUUUUUGAGUUAUCAGCCAAAGCAGCAAGAUAUGAGCGGAUCUUAAGGCAGGAGCAAGACCGCAUGGCCGACUCGAAGGGAACCUACUAUAGGGACCCCAAUUAUGAGGUGGCCAUGAUAGAGCCUGGGUAUGAAGCAGAAGUGGCUGUCGCGGAGUUGAUCAACAAGAAGCCUUAUUUCUUAAAAGCUGGCAGGUUGGAAAAGGCAGACUUUGCAUCAUCUUCAGGCAAGUCGAGGCAAUCUUCGAUCAGCUCAUGGCCGACAAGCUUGUGA